UUAUGUUUCCAGCUCUUCGCCACCUCUGCCAUGGUAUGCCCCCUACACCUAUUUCCUACGUAGGCCUAGUACGCAGAUACUUAUCCUGGGCAAAUGAGCAACGGUGUCGCAAGUUGCUAGAGGCAUCCACCAACCGGUAUAGACAAGAGCCUGUGUCAGCAGCUGUUCUGGUGUCUCUGUGUUCUGUGGCUGGGGUUCCAGCUGUCUUGUACACUUUGCGUUCCAGCACCAUGACUGGCAUGCACAAAGGAGAUGUCAGCUUCCCAGGUGGUAAGUGUGACACCUGCGACCGGGACGCCGUCGCCACAGCACUCAGGGAGACUCAUGAAGAGCUGAACCUGCGCCUAGGGGAGGACUGUGUCUGGGGAGUCAUGAAACCAUUGCCUGACAGGAGAGGAUUGAAGGUGGCUCCUGUUCUUGCAAAUCUGGGACCUCUGGAGCAUCUGACCCUGAAGCCUAACUCCCAAGAGGUUGAGACUGUCUUCACACUUCCCAUUUCCCACUUGCUGCAAGAAGAAAACCAGGGCUACACAAACUUCUGCCGGAAGGGGCAAUACAGCUACACAAUGCCUGUCUUUCUGCAUGGUCCUCACCGCAUAUGGGGUCUCACGGCAAUAAUCACUGAUUUUACUCUGGAAUUACUGGCUCCAGGAACAUACUACAGGCGGACUCGAGUGCGGGCCACUCGCUGACCUUUGCAACCGGUGUCUAAUU